CAUCAUCUACACGGAGCUUCCAUUGAUCGUGCUCCAAUGGCGGAUAGGAUAAGCAAGUUGCCAGAUGAAGUUCUGUGUCAAAUUCUCUCAUUUCUUCCCACGGAAGAUGCUGUUGCCACAAGUGUUCUCUGCAAGAGGUGGAGUUCCCUCUGGCUUUCAGUCCCAACCCUAGAUUUUGACGACUAUAGAUAUCUCAAAGGAAAGAAAUUGAAAUUGCAGUCUUCCUUCAUCAAUUUCGUGUACGCAAUCAUUCUCUCACGAGCUUUGCAUCAACCCAUCAAAAACUUCACCCUCAGCGUCAUAAGCGAAGAAUGUCCCUAUCCCGAUGUCAAGGUAUGGUUAAACGCCGCAAUGCAACGCCAAGUUGAGAAUCUCGAUAUCUGUCUUUCUCUUUCCACAUUGCCUUGCUCUAUUCUCAGCUGUACAACCCUUGUUGUUCUCAAGCUGAGUGAUGUCAAGUUUCAUGUUUUUUCUUGUGUUGAUCUUCCCUCACUCAAAACACUGCAUUUGGAGCUUGUUGUGAUUUUGAACCCUCAAUCUUUGAUGGACCUUCUUUAUGGGUGUCCAGUACUUGAAGAUUUGGAAAUAGAUGAAAUACCUUUUGUUUCUGAUGAUGGCCCUUCAUUUGAGGGAAAAGUUAAGAGUUUAUCCAAGUUGGUAAGAGCAGAGGUUUUCUUGUAUGAUGAUUUUUGUAUUCCUGUGGAAGCUUUUCGUAAUGUGCAGGUUCUGCACUUAAACCAGUGCGAUGCGGACAUUCCUGUGUUUCACAAUUUAAUUCAUAUGAAGCUCUUCUUUGGACACUCUAUUACAUGGAGUGUGGCGCUUGAUAUGCUCAAUCAUUGCCCUAAGCUUCAAACUGUUGUCUUUGAUUUAACUUCUCAUGAUGAAGAUGAUGUUUGGCUAGACCCAAGUUUUGUUCCUGAAUGCUUUUCUUCACAUCUUAGGAAGUGCUUUCUUAGAGAUUUUGAAGGACUGGAAUGUCAUAUGAGAUUUGCAAGGUACGUUUUGAAAAACUCAACAUCAUUACGUACCAUGACAAUUCAUAGUAUGUGCCAAAAUCGUGAGAAAGAGCAUGAAAUGAUAAAAGAAUUCGCCUCGUACCCAAGGAGCUCUUCAAUCUGUGAACUUUUAUUUAAGUAAUUGAUAUGCUUCUUAGUCAUUGGAAAUUAUCCCUAAAACGACAGCAUAAGUUCUUAGUUUUUCAUCUAAUGUAUCUGCCCUGUUUUGGUGCUUUAUAUCAACAAGAACUUUGUGUGUCGUUGUACAAUUUCUGCUGUUAUUGUUUUGAAAAUUGCUGAUCUCAUGCACAAACUUUUGCAAAUGUAACAGAAACUUAGAUAAGAAUAUAUUUUCAAA